CAUGAGCAUCGACGCCACUCCCUCUAUCAAACGAUGCUACUACGUCUAUAUACACUGCAACAUCCUGCAAUCUACUCAUCUAUAAGCUACACUACCUCAAAUUGAAGACGUUGUCUACAAUAAGCCACAGAGAACGUCCCUCCACCCUCUACACUAUCUACACCCUCCACAAUGGCGUCCUCACAUCCCAACGAGCCACCACCCAGCUACGAAGCCGCCAUCUUCGACGCCGAACCCUCGCAAGGCAUCCACCGCGUCUCCACGGACGGCCCUGCAGCACGCACCGAACGCAAUGGCAUCCCGCCCGAGCGCCGCCGCUCCAUGGAAGACGAGAUGCGCGCGCUCCCUCCGGGCUGGGUCCGUAGUUUCGACCCAGAAACCUCCCACCAAUUCUUCGUCGACACGAAAGCCGAUCCUCCACGUAGCAUAUGGACACACCCCUACGACGACGAGCAGUACCUCUCCACACUCUCGCCCGAGGAGCGUAAGAAGCACACACGCAUGCACCGAACCAUGACACUAGAGGACCUUACAGCCGAGGACUCUGACGCCGAAGACCAACUCCCUCCACGACCUACAUCAAAGGGUAAAGGUGCUGCGGCCCCUGGAGAACCAACGGGUAUACAUAAGUUUUCGAGGAAACUGAAGGACAAGAUUACUGGUCAGACGCAUGAGCAGCGCGAACAGUCUCGUUCUCAGCGUGCGGAGCAGGAACGACAGGCUUAUCUUCAACAUUUGCGUACAAGACAGGCGCUUAUACGUGCUAUGGAGACGGGGCAGCCGCAGUUACUGGGCAAGGACCGUCAAGGUAGGGAUGUUUAUAUCGAGCCGCCUCAUGGGCCGUAUGCUCCAAGGGGAGCUUAUGGUUAUAACCCGUAUGGUGCCCGCCAGUAUGGAAACCCUGGGGUGAGGUACAUGCGUCCUGCUGGGCCGUACGGUAGGCCGUAUGGAUACGGUUAUGGAGGUGGUGCUGGUCUGCCCAUUGCAGCUGGCUUCCUUGGUGGUGCUAUGCUGGGUGGUGCGCUGUUCUAGUGACUGAAAGUAUGGAGACUGACGAGUUUCCUCUUUUGUACAUCAAAUGUCCCUAGUAAUGAUUAACGAAUGGCAACGAUUGCAUCCACGUCCCUUU